CCCUAAACCUCUCAGCGCUCGCUCUAUUGAACAAUGUCGACGAGGUCUGGUGUGGCUAUGGCGUGAGAUUCCACUUCGCUGGUCUGCCCUUCAUUCCGAAGCUCAUUUUGGGAGAAUAGCAAAGCAAGCAUGUGGGGCUCCAAGGGAGCGCGCAUGUGGCGCAGUCUGGACCGGAUUCGCAGAACCGCAAUUUGUUCGUCGUCGUCGUCGCGACAGAGGUUUUGUAAUUCGUCGUCGCCAUGGCUGGACGCGGUGUCGACGUCGUUGCGGGGCGCGGAUCCUGUGUUGGCGUCGUGGGAAGCAGCGUUAGUUAGGGAUGAUGCUCGUUUCUGCCUCGCGGGGAGCGUUUCAGGCGGUGCGCAGACGAUGAGGUCACUGUCCAUGUUUGCGCAGCAGAGUAGGGGCAUUUCCUCAAGUCCUGUUCGUUUUCGAGCCACUUCUGAUUCUGACAGUUAUUCCCCGGGUCCGAAAAAGGAGCCCCUUUUGAGGCCAAAAGAGAUUGAUGCAAAUGAUGACCUCGACGAUGACCUGCUUCCCGAAGACGAUGUCGAAAUUGCGCCGGAUAGCCAACCUCAUCAACCUACGAACUUGGAACUAGAAUUGCAGAAUGCUCCCAGAAGGAAGCAGCGAUUCAUAUUACAGAAAGCUCUGAAGAUUCGCAACAUGGAAACUGAAGGAAGACCUCGGAAACCGGGAUUUACAAUGAAGGUCGUUGAUGUUAAUCGAACAUGCAAAGUGACCAAGGGAGGGGGCAUUCUGAAUUUCACCGCUUUGGUGAUUUGCGGAAAUGGUGAUGGCGUUGCUGGAUAUGGAAAGGGAAAGUCUGCCGAAGUGUCGGCAGCCGUUGACAAGGCUUACGCACGGGCUCUUCGCAACUUGCACUAUUUUGAAAGAUUUGAUGGACACACCAUCUUUCAUGAGAAACACUCCAAGUAUGGCCAGACCAAGGUUUAUUUGUGGCCGGCUCUGACAGGUGCUGGGAUGAGAGCCAGCCAUACAGUUGGGGGCAUUUUACGCUUAGCUGGCUUUAAAAAUGUUAAGUCAAAGGUUGUGGGUUCGAGACAUCCUCACAACACUGUCAAAGCUGUUUUUCAGGCUUUGAGUGAGAUUGAAACUCCUGAGGAGGCAGCCGAACGAGAAGGGCGUGAACGCGUUACACAUCAUGCAUAAGUCAUCAAAGAUAUUUAGGAGCAUCAUAAGGCGUGAACUUGAUACUUCCAGAUUCCGAGUUAAUAGCUGUAACGACCGAACAGUGCUCUUCAUUAGUGCUUUGACAGUGAUCUUUUGAAUUAGCUUUUACAGGUUUCACAACAAAUUCUAGUUGCUCUCAUUUAUAACAUCCAUUAUUUAUAUGUGUACAUGAGCAGUGGGUUGUAAUGACUUAGAUACGGUUACUACAUCGCAUGAUUUGGUCACCGUCCUCAGCAUAUCUCAACCCAUCACUGAGUUGUGAAAUAAAAACUAAUCCCACACUUUUGGACAAUUUUAUCCGAGAGUGUGGGAUAUAUUUUCUCAAGCA